AUGCUGGCGCUGCGCUGCGGCCCCCGCCUACUCGGCCUGCUCUCUGUUCCGCGCCUUGCGCCUCUGCGCCUGCCAGUGGCCCGCGCCUGCAGCAGCGGUGCUCGCGACCCGUCGUCUUCCUCCUCCGGGAACCCGCUCGUGUACCUGGAUGUGGACGCCGACGGACAGCCUCUCGGCCGCGUGGUGCUGGAGCUGAAGGCAGAUGUCGUGCCGAAGACCGCAGAAAACUUCAGAGCCCUAUGCACUGGUGAGAAGGGUUUUGGCUACAAAGGCUCAACUUUCCACAGGGUGAUUCCAUCCUUCAUGUGCCAGGCAGGUGACUUCACGAACCACAACGGCACAGGUGGAAAGUCCAUCUACGGAAGCCGCUUUCCUGAUGAGAACUUCACACUGAAGCAUGUGGGACCAGGCAUCCUGUCCAUGGCAAAUGCAGGCCCCAACACCAACGGCUCCCAGUUCUUCAUUUGCACCAUAAAGACAGACUGGCUGGAUGGCAAGCAUGUUGUGUUCGGCCACGUCAAAGAGGGCAUGGAUGUCGUGAAGAAAAUUGAAUCUUUUGGCUCCAAGAGUGGAAAGACAUCCAAGAAGAUUGUCAUCACAGACUGUGGCCAGCUGAGCUAA